CCCAAGAGUGCUAGGAUUAGUUGCAAAAGGUAGAAAAAAGGCCAUAUUUCUCCCAGGGGUUUCAUGCUAUUUAUCACGAGACAAGGCCUUCUCCGACUUGUGAAUAAUACGAAAGAAGUGUGAAGGCAAAACCAAAAGAAUAGCGACUCUCGUGUCUGACGGCAAUACCAAAAGCCCCCACGCAUAAACCCAAAUCAUCAUGGCGCAAGCUAAAGGCUGCACUCGGCUGAAGCUGAGCGGUGCUCUGGACAAGUUCUCCUACGAGGAGACGACGCCCAUCACCGGACGGGAAUAUCUCGACGUCAACAUCGUGGACGACCUGAUCAAUGCCGAAAAUGCUGACGAUCUCCUCCGCGACCUCGCCAUCACGAUUUCAACGCGUGGCGUCGUCUUCUUCCGGUCUCAAACCAACCUCACCAACGAGCUGCAGAAGGAGCUGGUGCACCGGCUCGGCCAGCUGGCGGGCAAGCCGGCCGAGUCGUCGGUGCACACGUUCCCGCUCGCGCCGGCGUACGUGCCCGAGGGCGGGACGGCGGACCGGCAGAUCAGCUACGUCAACUCGGUCGGGUUCAAGUACAUGUUCGACAAGAUGCCCAACAUGGACAAGCGCCGCUUCGACGCGGCCGAGUGGCACACCGACAUCCAGUUCGAGCCCGUCCCGGCCGACUACACCUCGCUCCGCGUCAUCAAGCUGCCCGAGACGGGCGGCGACACGCUGUGGGCUUCGGGCUACGAGCUCUACAACCGCCUGUCCGGGCCCUAUCGCGACUUUGUGGACCGCCUGACCGUCACCUGCCGCGCCGACUGCGUCCUCAUGGCCAUCCGCAACCGCGGCGAGAAGAUCGAGGACGGCGAGCGCGGGAACCCGCUCAACCUGGGCACGGCCCUGACGGCCGUCCACCCCGUCGUGCGCACCAACCCCGUCACGGGCUGGCGGAGCGUUUUUGCCCUCGGCCAGUUCUCCAAGCGCAUCAACGAGGUCAACCCGAUCGAGUCCGAGGAGCUGCUCAAGAAGUUCUACAACAUGAUCCAGGACAACCACGACCUGCAAUGCAGGUUCAAAUGGCGGAACCCGCAUGACAUUGCCAUCUGGGACAACCGCAGCGUCUUCCACAGGGCCACGUUUGACUACAUGGACCUCGGCGAACGCUCCGGCAACCGUGCCGUGGGCAUUGGCGAGGUCCCAUUCUUCGACCCUGAGAGCAAGUCCAAGGCCGAGGCUGAGGGUAAGGAAAAGCCGAAGAGCCAAGUCCCUACCAAAGACGCUGUCAAUGGAAAUGGCAAGGCCCCAACCACGGGGUGCCAUGGGAUGCCCAUGGGGGGAAAUAACCACCACGACAUGGCUAUGGGCCAGGGCCACAAUGGCAUGGCUAUGGCCGGGCAUGGCCACUAAGGACUAAGGCUUGAUGGUUGUUUGGUAUUAUGAGUCAGCAAUGGAAUGGUGUAUCUCUGAACCUUUUUUGGAUCAAGGAAGUUGUCCACAAUGGACGUAGGGUGCAUGUAGUUGGGAAUGGAUUUUCACUAUCCAAAAAUAAGGCUACAGCCAAAAAAAAAUGGCGAUUUACACGGCUGGGCGUGGUGGUCGUUUGAGGACACGCCUCUAGGAU